AUGUCUUCUCUACAAAUCUUUUCAGAUCGAGGCUCCAAGAUUCCGUCUUUGGUCAGAAACUUGAAGAUUGGUAUUGGUGCUGCUGUGUUUCAACCCUCUGUCAAGCUUGUAGCAGACACCGACAACGAAGAGUACAAUCUCACCUUGGUUGACAAGAAAUCUGGCUUCCAAUUAAUCGAAGCAAACGCUAUUGUCAAGUAUUUGGCUGCUACCUCAAAGAAAGGUUCCAAGGAUGCAUUUAAAGUUGACCCUGUUGAACUUGUUCUCGAUGAUAUUUUAAAGAAGAGGAAGUUCAAUGACUCCAUUCUUCCAUUGGUGAAGCCAUUUUCUCAAGCAGAUGCCACUUCUAUUCCUCAGAUAUUUGCCUUUGCUACUUUGUAUCCUGUUCUCACCAAGACGGCUCAUAAAAAUGAGGGCUUUGAGGACCUCAAGAGUUGGUUUAAUGCAUUUGCCGCUCUACCCGAAGUUAUUGAAGGUGUCAAAGCAGUCACAAGUCUCACCCACUUGGAGAGAAGCAAGGAGAAAAAUACAGGCAAAAGAAAUGUUAUUGUGCGUCAUGAAGUUGUGAAACCAGAGGGAAAACUGGCCCCAAAGGAAGGUGAACGCAAUAUACUUAUCACAUCCGCCUUGCCUUAUGUCAACAAUGUUCCUCAUUUGGGUAAUAUCGUUGGUUCAGUUCUUUCCGCAGAUAUCUUUGCCAGAUACUGCAAGAGGAGAAACUAUAAUGCUCUCUUCAUCUGUGGUACCGACGAGUACGGUACCGCUACCGAGACUAAAGCAUUAGAAGAGCACGUGACUCCCCGUGAGUUGUGUACCAAGUAUCACAAGAUUCACAAAGAUGUAUACGAUUGGUUUGACAUUGGUUUUGAUUACUUUGGACGUACUACAACUGCAAAGCAGACCGAGAUUUCCCAGAAGAUCUUUUUAGAAUUACACAAAAAUGGCUAUUUAGAGGAGCAGUCAAUGAAGCAGUUGUACUGCCCUGUUCACAAAGGAUACUUGGCUGAUCGUUAUGUGGAAGGUGAGUGCCCAAAAUGUCAUUACGAAGACGCAAGAGGUGAUCAAUGUGAUAAAUGUGGUACGUUAUUAGAUCCAUUCGAGUUGAUUAACCCUCGUUGUAAGUUGGAUAAUGCUACACCUGAACCUAGACAUUCGAACCACAUUUUCAUUUCUUUAGAUAAACUCGAGCCUGAGUUGAAAGAGUGGGUUAAAAAGUCAUCCACUGAGGGUCAUUGGUCAAAGAAUGCGAAGACUAUCACUAACUCCUGGUUGCGCGAAGGUUUAAAGCCUCGUUGUAUCACUAGGGACCUUGUGUGGGGUACUCCUGUGCCAUUGAAAGGUUUCGAAGAUAAGGUGCUAUAUGUCUGGUUUGACGCUACUAUUGGUUACGUUUCCAUCACCGCCAACUAUACUGAUGAUUGGAGAGCCUGGUGGCAGAAUCCUGAACAUGUCAAACUUUAUCAAUUCAUGGGUAAGGAUAAUGUUCCAUUCCACACAGUUGUCUUCCCAUCCACUGAGAUUGCUACUCGCGAGCCUUGGACUAUGUUGCAUCACUUAAACACCACCGAAUACCUACAAUAUGAAGGCGGUAAGUUUUCCAAAUCCAGAAACAUCGGUGUCUUCGGUAAUAACGCUAAAGAAACUGGUAUUUCUCCUUCGGUCUGGAGAUAUUACUUGACCUCUAUUAGACCAGAAACACAGGAUUCUCAGUUCUCUUGGGAAGAGUUUGUUACCAAAAAUAACAGCGAGUUGCUCGCCAAUUUAGGUAACUUCGUCAACAGAAUCGUUAAGUACGUCAACGCUAAAUACAAUGGUGUCGUUCCUCAAUUCGAUGUUAAGAAUUGUGAGGAUUACGCUAAAGCGUUGCAAGAUUUCAACAAGUUGAUUGAGACAUAUAACGAGGAUCUUGAUUCUGUUCACGAGAGAAAAGGUCUCGAAACCGCUAUGUUAACCUCUGCCAGAGGUAACCAAUUCUUACAAGACAACAAGCUUGACAACUCGUUGUAUAAUGACCAUCCAGAUAAAGCUGAUGCCGUCGUUGCCAUUGGCUUGAACAUUGUUUAUCUUGUGUCUGCAUUAAUUUCUCCCUACAUGCCAGAAGCCACAAGCCUAAUCGAGAAAAUAUUGAAUGUUCCUGAAUUAAGAAUUCCGGACAAGCUUGAACUUUGGAUUCAAGGUGGACAUUGUAUUGGCAAGCCUCAGUAUUUGUUCAGUAGAAUAGAUGAGAAAAAGGUCGAAGAAUGGAGAGCCAAAUACGGUGGCCAACACGCAUAA